GUGCAGCCCCCGGCGCGGCGCCCUCCAGGAGCGGGGGAGGAGCCGCAGAGGGUCUGGGUGGCUGGAGACGGGCUGCCCCGGGGGCCCGCGCCCAGGGCGGGGAGCCCUUCCUCCCAUCCCCCAGCGCUCCCAGAAUAUUUUUAAAGAUCUGGGGCAGGAGCUGCCAGCGCCCUGCCCAGCCGGGUGGCCCAGGGCUGCGGAGCCGACUGGGAGCCCCUCACGGAACUCUAGAUAGCCCGGGGUGCCCCAGCCCAGGCCCUGACCGGCGGAGGGAGCCCCUGGCCCGGGGGGAGGAGGGGGAGCAUUAACUGGGCUCGCGGGUUGCCCCGGGGGUCAGGAGUCUGUCCCAGGAAAGCCGGCAUGAGUUGGACAGGCGCGGAUGAGGUGCCAAGGAGCCCAGGCCCCCCAGCUCGGCCAUCGGUUCCCUUUGCUGGGGACCACGAUCGGCUUCCACUCCUCCCCUGCUUGGCCUGGUGGUCAGCAGAUGCCCAGCUCUGCCAGGAAUCAGCCUCCACGAGCCAGGGGGUGGAGGGUGCGGGGAGUGCUGGCUGGGGAGGCGGGAGGUGUAGCCCUGGGGCCACCACCCCAGCUGCCUGCUAGUGCACCCCUGGAGUCCUUUGGCCCAUCCAGAAGGCGUUGGAGGGCCCAUGGGCCAGUCUAGUUGUCAGUUCACUCCAGUCCUGUGCCCAGCUCAGCCCAGCCAGGCCCUGGGUUGGGGGCUGGGUGCAGACUGGGCUGCCAGAUGGAGCUGUUUGCGGCUCAGGACCUGCCAGAGCUUCCUUGGAGACAGCUCAGGACUCCUCCACUCCAGACGCUCGUUUAUGGAAGAUGAGGUGCAGGCUCCUUCCUCCCUGGGCUUGCUGGGGCCGGGGACAGGCCCAGCUGGGCCAUCUGUGGCCCCUGCUCUCCUGGAGUCAGCCCAGGUCCAGGGCUGGGCAGGAGAGGCCUGCAGCCCAUUCCCAAGGCCCUUCAGGGUCUCUGCCCUCCCCCUUGGCACUCUCCUUCCUCCGGGUGCCAAUGAGACACACCUCCCAAGCCCAGGGCGCCCCUUCCUGCCCACGGCUGUCCCAGCAGGAUGGCUGGCCCUCACCGCGCCAUGUGCAAACUAGAGAACCCAGACCCCUGGCUGGUCCUGUUCCGAGUUCAUCCUCCACCCGGCCCUGGGCUCUGCCCAGGGAAGGGCUCCUGGUGCCAGGGCACGGAGCAGCCCCCUCAGACUCACCCUACUGGCUGAAACUCAGCUCAGCCAGGCCUGUUUUCCAGACUCCAAAUAGGGGACAGGUAGAUACACACAGUGGUCCUUGCCUUGGAUGGUGAGUAAUGCAGAGCACUGGAAGCCCCCGGGCAGGGCUCCCCCAGAUCUGAAUCCCCCCCUGCCCAGGUCCUGGGUCCCCAUGUCAAGUGAGAUGGCCCUUGGCUCCCAGCAGGGGCAGCCAGUGGAAAGUUCCCGGUGCAGUUUAGCUGAUAGAUGAGUGAUGCCCACGUCCCCAUGCUGGUCCUCCCUCUGGGAACGAUUCUGAGGAUGGGCUCGUGGGAGAGGGAGCAGUUGGGAUAAUGCAGAAGUUCACGUGUGUGACAUCACGGUGGCACUGCAGAGCAGGACAGGCUUCUCUGACUUGUGAGCCCCUCCACGGAACAUCUAUCCCCUCCAGGAUGAAGAUCUUGCUGGUGCUGCUGGCUGCCCUUCUGGGUGUGGAGCGAGCCCAGGCCCUGCUGUGCUUCUCCUGCACGAAUCAGAAGAGCAAUCUCUACUGCCUGACACCCACGGUCUGCUCCAGCUCCGACAACUACUGCGUGACCAUCACCACAGCGGCCGGCAUCGGCAAAUUCGUGGACUUUGGACAAACGCUGAACAAGGGCUGCUCCCCGAUCUGCCCUGGCCCGAGCGUCGACAUCGGCGUGGCGUCUGUGGGCACCCACUGCUGCCAGAGCUCCCUGUGCAAUUUCAGCGCCGCUGAUGGCGGGCUGCGGGCCAACGCCACCGUGAUGGGCCUCGGGCUCCUGCUCAGCCUGCUGUCGGCUCUGCUGUGGCUCAGACUCUGACCACCAGGCCCGGGGCCAGCCCUGACGGGCUCCCAGCUCAGGGAGGAGGCCCAGACCCCGGCAGAUUGUCCCCAUCUGCCUGGCCCCGCCCCUUGGCCCCAGGGCCCCAGCCCUGCCCCCACCUCCCAUUCCGCAAGGAGCCAGCUGCCCUCCUUUCUGGGGUCAGUGAUGGGACCCUCCUCGGGGGCUCUGGGAAGGGACAGGAGCCCCCGGAGUCUGAGGGAGCCAGGAACGGGACCAAGGCCUUCAGACACCCUUGGAGGGGCUUCUGGGCCUUGGCACCGUGCACCCCCCAGGCUGGCCAGCCAGAGGUGGGGUCCGGGUGGGUGAGUAUGUGUUGGGGUGGCGGAAGAGGGUGUGCUUUGUGCAGCUGCACCUGGGAAGGGUGAGCGUGCUGCUGGUGGGCUGGUGUGCGGGGAGGGCAUCCGUGACAGGUCCAGGAGGGUGUCAGGAAUCCAGGGUCAUCACCCCAGAGCUCUGCCUCCAAAGCCCAUUCGCUCUUCCAUUCUCUCAUCCCACGUUUCCCACACUUCAAGGGGAGCCUUCUGGGGGGCUGGUUCCACCCCUUCCCAGUCUGGGCUGCUGGGCCCAGGAAUCAGCUCCCACCCACAGAGGCGCUGAGCCUCCCCCUCGCUGCCCCCCCACACUGCCUCUUCCUUCCUGUUGCUUCUUUGGUGCCUGAAAUAAACAGAUGUUUCCACCCCUU